AUGGAAGCAGAAGCGUGCCGGUGGAUCAAAAAUUGCUGUGCUGAAGUACCCGGCUUGCUGGCUUCCUCGAGCUUCUGCUGUUCGGCCGAAAACCAAGCUUCGUCCACGCCAAGCAGGGAGUCAAGCGCGUGUUCCCUUCCUGGCAGCAUCCGAAUCCCAGGCGCUUUUUGCUUUCCGGCCGUUCAGGAGCGGAUGGACUACGUGAUUGCCGCGAGCGCGCGGCCGUCGCCAUCUCUGUACCCAAUCUGCCCGGCAAGUAGCCAGGCCCAGCUACAAGUAUCUGCUGGCGCUCAGACACUGGGCAACUGCUCCAUGGCCUCUUUUUCCCUGAACCCCACGAGCUUCAAAGUCCAGUAUAUUCAAAGGCAGACCAUCACAACCCACACGAAAGCAGCCUUUCUCACCGCGCUCUCCUCUGCCCUGGCUCUGACCACCUACAUUGAGAUGGCUGUGACUGUGGUGGUCAUCCUGAUUCUCAGACAGCUGGGCUGCGUGAGGGAGAUCAAGAAGUUCUCCUGGGGCGAGAUACUGAAUGAGCAGCGGGAUCCAGAACUCGAGCGGAAAGAGAUGGAGGAAAGGAUGCAGGCCAACGUCAUGUUGCAUCUUGAGUCGCAAGAAAAGUCCCUCAAAGGACAACAGAGCGAAUUGCUGGGCAAAGUCUAUUUCGAGCGGCGGCCGGUCACGGACUGA